AUGACGGUACUUGAUCAUGAAUCUUUGCCGAGCAAUGAAUUCUACCAAGACUAUUUCCCCACCAUUAUACUUUGUUUAUGCACAGUCUACAUCCUAUCUUAUUUCAUACGCUAUGGUUUACAUCAAUUUCGACGUUAUCGCGAUAGAAAAAAGCAACAAGAAAAGAAACACUUGAUCCAGCAUUGGCAACGUCGUCAUCUACAGCAGCACACUACAGCAGUGGCAUUUCCUCCUUUUACGUAUACCACUACUUCCUCAUGCACGUUGAAUUCCAGCACGCUGCCGACGAGUGGUCACCAUAGCAAGUUGCCACAGCAACAAAAAGCGUGGUCAAAACCGAAAAAUAAAUAUCAGUGGAUCAGUAAGGAUCAAAGGCUAAACUUGUUGUGGCAUUGGAGUGUCUCUAUGGGUCAUGUGGAAUACGAUCAUGCAAAGGGGUUAAACGCGUUGGUUCAACAAUUGUCUAUUGUUCGGUUGACGAAGACUUCUUCUUUUGCUGUGGGUGGUGCUGGUCAUACACCUUUGGAAAAAGUUAUUGUAGAAGCUUAG